AUGGCAUCGGACAUAGCAUGCUGUAGUAGCGAGUUCAUGUUGUAUUUGGUAGCAAUAAUAGGAUUGGUAGCUUUUGCUGGCCUGAUGGCUGGCUUGACACUCGGUCUCAUGUCUUUGGGCCUUGUCGACCUUGAAGUCCUCAUCAAGUCUGGUCGUCCUCAGGAUCGAAUCCAUGCCGCUAAAAUAUUUCCAGUGGUAAAGAAUCAGCAUCUGUUGUUAUGUACUCUUUUAAUUGGCAACUCUUUAGCAAUGGAGACUCUUCCUAUAUUCUUGGACAAGCUUGUGCCUCCUUGGGCUGCAGUCUUGGUAUCAGUGACUCUCAUAUUAAUGUUUGGAGAGAUAUUGCCACAAGCCGUGUGCACUCGUUAUGGCUUGACUGUUGGAGCAAUGUUGGCGCCUCUUGUUCGUGUUCUUCUUAUGCUAUUCUUUCCUAUUUCUUAUCCAAUUAGUAAGGUUCUGGAUUGGAUGCUUGGCAAGGGACAUGCUGUCCUUCUACGAAGAGCAGAGCUCAAAACUUUUGUUAAUUUUCAUGGCAAUGAGGCAGGGAGAGGUGGGGAUUUGACACAUGACGAGACUACUAUAAUUACUGGUGCACUAGAAUUGACUGAAAAGACUGCAAAAGAUGCAAUGACUCCCAUAUCGAAGGCAUUUUCCCUUGAUCUGGAUGCAAAUCUUAAUUUGGAAACAUUGAAUGCGAUAAUGACAAGGGGCCAUAGUAGAGUCCCAGUUUAUGCGGGAAAGCCAACAAAUAUAAUUGGACUUAUUCUGACGAAGAACCUCUUAGCAGUUGAUCCAGAAGAUGCAGCUCCUCUGAAAAAAAUGAUCAUAAGGAAAAUUCCACGGGUUGCAGAAGACUUGCCUCUAUAUGACAUCCUGAAUGAAUUUCAGAAGGGUCACAGCCACAUUGCUGUUGUAUAUAAAGAUUUGAAUGCAAAUAAAGAGACGCCAAAGAAUGAGUUUAAGGACAGCUGCAGAAAGAGAGGCAAAACUGAAAAAUUACAAAGGAAAGAUGAUAGUGAGUUUAGCUCUACUUCUGCUAUCUCAAAUAAGAACGCUGCUUUGGACUCGCAUGAUAAUCAGACUGCUGCUACCAAGAAUGAUGGAGGCCAACAGAUUAAGAAGAGUCCACCAUCUACUCCUGCCUUUAAGAAGCGACACAAAGGCUGCUCAUUUUGCAUUUUGGACAUUGAGAAGGCUCCGAUUCCAGAGUUCCCAUCCAAUGAAGUAGUUGUUGGUGUAAUUACAAUGGAGGAUGUCAUUGAAGAACUUCUUCAGGAGGAGAUCUUGGAUGAAACUGAUGAGUAUGUCAAUAUCCACAACAGGAUAAAAAUCAAUAUGCAUGCUUCUCAGGACAAGGUUCCCCAGUCAAAUUCGCAGCCCACUGCCAAUGAUGCAUCUGUCACGGGCACUGCAUCCCCAACAUCUCUGUUGUCCACGGCUCCAACACCAACCCUUUCUAUCUCCAGUGGCACUUCGUUGACCAGCUCUCCAACCGCGACAAAUCAAGUUUCUGAAGGAGACUCGUCAAAGAACCAAAGAGAUUUGUAG